AUGAGGCUGAAGCCAAAAAGCUUCUUUCAUUUUCUGUGCUUAGAUAAAAUAUAUUGCUUAUUAUCUGUCAGAAAUGCCAGAGCUCUGACAGCUUACUUUCAUCUACUUGAUGUUCAUAACAAGAACACUUUGAAUAAUCUGCAGUUUUACUACUUCCUUCGUCAUGUAACUAAUCUGUCCAAUUGUCAGAUCAUGCUAGUCUUUGAUUUACUGGAUUGGGAUGGCAAAGGGGAGAUCGGCUUUGACGAAUUCUACAUGUUAAUGUGCAUCAUAAUGGCACAUGAGAGCCAUCUUGAAAAACAGUUCAUGUAUCGUCAUUCUCAUGCCGUUUUUGAGUUGCUGGACAUUGAUGGGGGCCAUACAGUUGCUCCAGCAGAGUUCCAGGCCACACGCUUCCUUUUCAAUGUUAAAAAGACUGACCUGAGUCAGAUAUUCAAGGACUUUGACAUCUCAGGUGAUGAGCAAUUGAACUACAAGGAGUUCAAAAUGUUUACAAUCUUCUGCAUUGAUAGACAACAGAGGAAAGCAAGAGAUAAAAUGAAAAGAGAGAUGGCCAAAGCCGCAGCUGAAGUUGAAGCAGCAGAAGAGUAUAUUAAUUUUACCAGAUUUAAACAGAAGCUGUUCUAACAGCAUGUAGAAUUAAUCUAUGACAGUUCUCCAAGGUGCAGCAAUUUAAACCAAAAGGAUGGUGAUAAGAAAACCUUGCAACAGCAACAGGAUACCAAUAAGCAGGGAUGAGAUGGUGUGCUGUGUUAUAGAAAUAUUCAGUGUUCUUUAAAGAAUGAAUCACCUUUUAAAGUAUAACCUACUUUUCAAAAAAUAAAAAACAAGGCUGAGAAUCAAGAAACAACUGAUCACUUAUUGGGAUGAAUUGGGUGCUUAUAAGAAAAAUGGAAGAAUUGCAUGGAGCACUGUAUAUUUAAAAAGAGCAGUAUAAGAUGGGACAUCUAGAAUGGGUGGAUGAGGUGUCUGAAAAGUCCAGAGCUCUAGGCUAGCUUGUGAAAUCAAAAUAACUCCCCCCCCCCACUCCUGCCUAUUUUUUUCUUUACUUAACAUGGCUGAUCUAAGAGAGGAAGCUUCAUCUCAACUUGUCUGGAGUUGCUUCAGCCCAAAACUUAACUCCUUUUAAUGCCCCACCCCCCAAACUGAUUGAUUGUCUCAUCUUUCACAUCUGCAACCAUACAUUUGCAGGACUUAAUACUUUCCCUUGACUUCAUUUAGAUUGACAGCAUGUCUAAAAAGAGCAGAUUGUGGCCUACUACAAAUAUCCAUGAUACAUAAAUAGAUUCUGGGCACCACACAUAAGGAAAGUGCUCCAAUAGAUAUUCCUAUCCCUUUAUAGAGAUACCUUAUAUAGCAAUAAACUAGUAUGUUCAAGAGUCAUGUGAAAACUAUAAACUUUUCAAACAUGAGUAGUUUUCAAAGGAAGGUUUUUUUUUUUAAUUGCAAAAGGAGUUUCCCAUUUCUUUAGGAUAGAGUAUUGAACCACAUUUCAUUUGGGGAAAGAAUGUCAGGGUCAGCCUGAAUUUCCAUCAUAGUAUCGAAACUUUGUCCUGAAUUUUUGCAUUGAGAUAUCUAAUAUAUUUCUAAAACAUUAGAAAUUCACAUACAUUUUGAUUUGUGUGCAUGCUGGCAGUUGCUGUGGCUUCUUGGCAUAUUUUUAUGUAAAGUAGUACAGUUGAUUUUUUUUUUCUUCCAAAGAUGGGAACAUAUCUAAAAAAGCCCACUAUCACUUUUUGAACUCUUUAUUUUUAAGAAGUAUUUUGAAGUAUUUGAAUUUUAAGAAGUAUUUCACAAACACCAUGGUAAAUAAAAUCCAAAAAACAUCAGAUAUAGGUUUAAGAUUCAUAGAAAAAGGGUAGGUUUUGGAAGAUGGUAAUUGAAAAGUGGACUAAAAGAACAAUAAGCAAGCAAAAUAGAAAUCUUAAAGUAGAUGUAAAUGUAUUAAAUAUUCAUUCAUAACCACGGUGUAACCCUGGCACUUCUAUAUUCAAAUUAGCAACAAAGGAUUUACUAAAAAUGAUCGAUGAUUGUGGGAUCUCAGAUCAAAAUCUUCCCACUCAUCUACUUGAGUAAAAGCUAAAAAUGACAUAAGGGAGUAAUGAUGCUAUGUAACCAGUUCUUUGAAUGCUCUAAACAGAUUUAGAAUUUUCAAUUAGGCACACCAGUGCAUUGCUAUAAUAAUAUGUACAAGGGCAUUUGCUGACCUACAGACUCCAGCAAGGCAGGAUAGAAACAACCAUUAAAUAAUUUAGUUGUAGUUUAAGAGAGAAAGAACACAGAAUUUGUAUUUUAAAACAAGACAUAUCCUGUAUUAGCUUUAUUACUUAGCCUUCCCCAAAAUAACUAAAAGGCAUUUUGUUUUUCUUUUUAACACAUAGCAUUCUAUAAUAUACAUUCUUACCUUUUUGAAAUCAAAAAGUUUCAUUUAUACUUUUCAUUUCACUGUUCAAAAAGAACUAUUUGUGCUCGGAGAUCUAAGCAUAGUGUCUGAAUAUGAAUGAGCCUGGACUACUGACCUGACAGAGAUACAGCAUGAAUAUAAGCCGUGGCUUGAGAAGAUUAGCUGUAUCUUCAGAGACAGCAAGACUUUAUUCUUGGGCUAAUGAAAAAAAAAACCUCUUAAAAAAGGUUCAUACAAUCCAUGCAUAAAGUUUUUUUUUUUUUAAUUUUAUAAAAGUUACAGGAAGAAAAGGUGUCACAUCAUUAAUUCCUCUCCUUUUAGCCACUGAAAUUGUGUACUGCAUUACUAACCAUCUGUAGAACAUGAAUGCUUCUUAGAUACAUGGCACACAACAAACAGUGUACAAAAAAGGAUUUACCAGAAAAAGAGAAGAUAUUUUAUUCAAGAAAUACAAAUUGAUGGUACCAGCCAUCUUUGGAAGCCACUACCAUGAGACAAAUAGGAUGUUAAACUUGAGUCCUUUGCUCAGCACACUACAAAAGAGUGUCAUUAUACACUGCCAGCUGCCUAGUGCAUAAUUGCUCGAAAGGCUGUCUCCAGUUUCUUGACAUUCCCAGGAUAUGGAGAAGAGAGGCACAACAAAGGCCCUUGAUAGAAGGCAAUUUCAUUAUUUCAGUUAAAGCCCCAGAAAUGGUUUGUAUAUCUGUGAGUUCAAAUAAAAAAAACCAAAAAUACUCAUUUAAGCUGACUUCCAUCUUUGGCUUGAUUUAACUACCAGGAAAGAAAAUGGGAUGAAACAGAUGCAUUUUUACUAUUCUCCAUAAAAGCAAUAUUUGGAUCUUCUAUUUAACAGCAUAGUUCUGGUUUGCAAACCAUCUGCACUAUUUCCAGAAAUAUUUACCCCGUGACCUUAAUCAGAAGGCAUGAACAUAAUUUUUCAUGGAUUGCUAAUGCCAUGUGGAUAAACCCAUCACUGUUGUUCAAAAUUAUGAAGCAAAUUCUAAGGAAAAAAACCCCACUAUUAUACUUCUUAAUUCUAUACAUUUACGGAUAUGCUUUCCAAUAAUUCUAUCUUAAAAUGAGAUGGAGGGAAACAAAAGAGUUGAAUUAAAGAAUGAAUAGUUCAUGGCUACAUCAUUAUUUUUAAAAUCAGCCAACUAAUCUUGAGAGCAUGGAUGCAAGCCAAUAGAAAUUGCUAGUAUUAGUUUAAUAUUCUCUUCCUUUGAGUAAAAUAUUGAAAAUGUAGAUUGGUUCAUUUCUGUAUCCCCUAUACACAGCAUUUCUUUCUGCUAUUUACAUAUUGUUUGGUAGAAAUGUAUUUUUAAAGCACACUUGGGAGGCAUUUGUAAGUGAAGCACGUUGCUAGACUGAUGAAGAAACUGCACUUCAAGGAAAGCUCC